UUUUCUUUGGUCUCUUUAACUCUAACUAAUGUAUUGUCUUACAGUGCACUUGUUUUGUGUGUUGGUGUAACAGAUUAGUAAAGGUUAUUACACAGGUGAUACUUUCCUCAUGAACUAAUCAUUAGGCAAGAUUUUACGCAGGUUAGCCCUAAAUUAGUUAUGUGUGCUUUGGUCGCGUCUUUUUUAAAUUGUUUUUUUAAUUUCCUCCUGGCUCUUAUAUUAUUUCCAUUGGAUAUAAUCUGUAGCCUAUAGUUUGUGAUUAUUGUUUGGUUUGCUUAAAUGUCGACAGUGAUGUAAAACUGCAGCUGGCUUCACUAAUGAGGCUGAAAGGGUUAUUUCCACCUGUUACAUUCAGCCUAGCCUAUUGAUGCAUCAGCACUCCUUGGCAGGAUUGAUCAGUUAAAUAAGGAAGUGUCCGACAUGAAAAAGAUUAUGGAAAUUCAAGUAAGAGUAUGUGAGGAUCUACGAGCGGUUACUGCGGCUGUGGACCAGCGUGUGGCCGACUUGGAGAGGCCUUGUGAACCAGUUCCUGAUCGAUCACACCGCCGAUUCUGGUCUGGAGGAAGAUUAACGAUCUGCCACCUCCCUGGCUCUAGGUACACCACUGAGGAACUUCCUGUUGUCAUCAUGUCUUUAUGGGAUGACUUGGAGUCUCUUGUGAGUUCACCUUCUUCUUUCGCAGCAAAAACUGGGGAGAGAGGAACCAUUAAGCCCAUACCCAACUUUAAUGCAGGAGGCGACGCUAAGGCUCUGAAGAAGGCCAUGAAAGGACUUGGCACCGAUGAGAAGACUUUGAUUGACGUUUUGACCCAUCGAAGCAGCGCUCAGAGGCAGCUCAUCUGUGAAGCUUAUCAGAAAGACACUGGCAAACCAUUGGUGAAGGACGUGAAAGGAGAAACCAGCGGUAACUUUGAGGAGCUGCUGGUGGCGCUCGUCACCACUCCUGCGGCGUUUGACUGCCAUGAAGUGAUCCGGGCCAUAAAAGGAGCUGGGACAACAGAAAGCGUCUUGAUUGAAAUCUUUGCCUCCAGAUCCAACGAGCAAAUUAAAGCUCUCUCUGAUGCCUAUUUCAACGAAACAAAGAAGAAGUUGACUGAAGAUCUGAAGGGGGAAGUUUCCGGAGACUUUUCCAAAGCGCUGCUCCUCCUGGCCGAGGGCAAGAGGGCCGCGGACACCACAGUAAAUACAGAGAAGGCAAAAGAAGACGCCAAGACCCUUUACAAUGCUGGGGAGAAGAAGUUUGGCACUGAUGAAUCUAAAUUCAUUGAAAUCCUCUGCCAGAGAAGUAUACCUCAACUGAGACAAACGCUUGUUGAAUACAAGAACAUCAGUGGAAAGACUCUGCAGCAAAGCAUCGAAGGAGAGAUGUCAGGGAAGCUGGAGAAGCUACUGGUGGCGAUCGUGAAAUGUGUGAAGAGCGUACCGGCCUACUUUGCUGAACGCCUGUACGGGAGCAUGAAGGGUGGUGGAACAGACGAGCGGACUCUGAUCCGGAUCAUGGUGAGCCGGUCCGAGAUCGAUCUGUUGGACAUCAGAGCCGAGUUCAAGAAACUCUACAAAUACUCACUGCACUCUGCCAUCAAGUCAGAUCUGUCGGACAGCUAUGGGGAGUGUGUGAACGCCAUCUGUGGAGGAGACGACUAACGCCUGAGUUCUACCGUACAAUAGGCUGAAAAGAAAUUUGCCUCCUCUUGAACUCAUGCUGUCGUUCUCUGAUACUUCUAAUCAGUGGGGUAGUCUACGUGAUAUGCAGGUAUACACAGU